UUCGUCUAUGGUCUGCCCAGUCUUCUGUCAUUCCUGUAUGGUUGUCAAGUGUUGAAGUGCCGAGUUUUUGUUCUGGUUUUGAGAUGUUAGUUCGAAAAGAACUUUAGGCUUAGAUAUAAAUUAUAGCGGAAUACUUUAGUCCUAGCGUGAAACCAAGCGUAUUAAUUAAUAAGAUUAAGUCAGUUGAAUCACCCGUAAUUAGUGUUAAUAAUUUUUACUAUCAUGGCCGAUACUACAGUGGAUGCAACUAGAAGAUUGAAUGUCAAGAAACAAACUUUAGAUGACGCUUAUGCAGCACCCGCUAAUUUCCUAGAAAUUGAUGUUAUCAAUCCCACAACCCAUGGCGUAGCCAAGAAACGAUAUACGGAUUAUGAAGUCCGCAUGAGGACAAAUCUGCCAGUGUUUAAGGUGAAGGAGUCAAGUGUGCGUCGGCGGUACAGUGAUUUUGAAUGGUUAAGAAAUGAACUUGAAAGAGACAGCAAGAUUGUAGUACCAAGUUUGCCUGGAAAAGCUUGGAAACGUCAGAUGCCAUUUAGGGGAGAUGAUGGAAUUUUUGAAGAAGAUUUCAUUGAAGAUAGAAGGAAAGGAUUAGAACAAUUCAUAAAUAAGAUUGCUGCUGCCACCCGCUUGCCCAGAAUGAGAGAUGUCUCCACAUGUUUCUCCAAGAACCUGUCAUUGAUAAGAAUUACGUCCCUGGCAAAAUAAGGAAACACAUAAUGCCAAUGCUCAUUCAUUUUUUUCUGUAAUUAUUGAUUAAAAAUCUCUUUGGCAACAUUAA